AUGUGGUUUGAGAUUCUCCCCGGAGUCGCCAUCAUGGCGGCGUGUUUGCUCAUUCCCGGAGUGGCCACCGCGCACAUCCAAAGGUUCUCUAACGGGGGCAAGGAGAAAAGGGUUGCCCAUUUUGCGUAUCAGUGGAGCUUGAUGGAAAGAGAUAGGCGUGUCUCUGGGGUGAAUCGUUACUAUGUAUCAAAGAUUGUUAGAGACUACCUGAUAGGUUUUUUUGAUAUGACAGUAUUUGAUAGAAGUUCAAUCAGGCAAAAGAAAAUGAAGGCAUCCAAAAGUCCCAAAACUAAGAAGAGAGUGAGGGUGCUGAUUGACAAUGAGAUACUAUUAACUAGAGACGAUGAUAUCAAGGUGACUGAAGACAAGAGCAAGGUGACUGAAGACAAGAGCAAGGCGACUGAAGACAAGAGCAAGGCGAUUGAAGACAAGAGCAAGGUGACUGAAGACAAGAGCAAGGUGACUGAAGACACAAGCAAAGUGACUGAAGACAAGAGCAAGGUGACUGAAGACAAGAGCAAAGUGACUGAAGACAAGAGCAAGGUGACUGAAGACAAGAACAAGAGCAAGGUGACUGGAGACAAGAGCAAGGUGACUGAAGACAAGAGCAAGGUGACUGAAGACGAGAGCAAGGUGACUGUAGAUGAGAGCAAAGUGACUGUAGAUGAGAGCAAGGUGACUGUAGAUGAGAGCAAGGUGACUGUAGAUGAGAGCAAGGUGACUGAAGAGGACAGCAAAAUGAUUGAAAUGGCUCUAUCUAUAGCUCAAAGCAUCGUCUUGGCUGCUGCUCAUAUUGUGGAAGAGGAAAGACGCAUCAAAGACAUCAAGUGGAUCACACAUGGUGAAUUCACAGUGGAAGGAGGACGACUGAGCAUUGAGGAAUUCAUUUCAACUUGGGAGUUUCAAGACCGCUGGGUGCACUUCUCAGAGUUUAUAGAGAGAAAAGACUUAAGUUAUGCCUUCUUCUACAUCUAUCGUGUACGCUGGAGUGUCCCAACUGCUCAGAUACCCUUACUGCACGUCUCUGCUUCUGUCUGCUUCACCAUCAAGUUCACCAAACGCAAACCUCCGGAUGCACCUGUUGAUGUCUCUUACGUUUUUGAGGACGGGUUAUUAGUUCACAGACCAGGAAUGUCUCACUUUCGAGAAAGAUGGCUGAGGGAGAUUGUUGAGGGCAAACUUAGUUUACUGGCAUCAGUACCCCUCUAA